AACCUGUGCUAUGCACAGAGCGGGAUGUACUUACUAACCGUCUGCUUGAAUGGCAUGGGUUAACUGAGCCUGUGGGAUUGUGCUUACCUAAACAAAAAUACUGCAGUGAGGUGAAAAACAAUGAAUGGGUGGAGAUGAUCAGCCCAUGCAUUUCAGCUAGUGCAAUCCAGGCAGCAAUGACAGCCUGAAGGUUGCAGCAGCAUCGGGAUCUGCAUUCCAAGUGCACAGAUCUUGCAGUCUGGAGUGAUUUUACGUGGAGCUGCUCUUCAUCUGCUCAGCCAUGGCCAGUAACCAGGCCAGCCUGCAGGAUGAUCAGGGCAGGCACUGCAAGUUCUUGUCCUAUAUGUUCUACCAGGCAGUAAGAGAUCACAAGCCUGUGUGGAUGCUGGAAGACAUGAGGACUAUGGAGUAUUUUUACUGGGAGGAAAAUGCCAGCCUAAGAACAUACUCACCUUCAGAAGCCCUCCUCUAUGCAGUGGUGCAUAAUCACCUGCCUUACGCUCAGUAUCUGCUGUCUCAUUUUCCAGAGGAGGCUCUCAAGGUGCCCGGGGAACACUUCUGCUAUUGCCCAUCCUCUGCUCCUCACUUGGCCAUGGCAGUCACAUAUGACAGGAGAGAUAUCUUGGGACUGAUCAUCAAAAUUGCACACAAGCUCCCCAGCUUGAACUCCUAUAUCAAUAGGACUGGCUGCUUUCACCUGGAAGAUGGGAAAACUCCCCUGCACCUUGCCUGCGAACUGCUGAGGUCAGAGACGGUCCUCAUCCUCCUUGGGAAUGGUGCUUCUCCCAAGAUAGAGGACAGUAAAGGGCUUACCCCACUGGAUGUCAUCCUGGAGCAGAUGUGGGACUCCAAAGUCAAUGUGGCAUCAAAGAAGCUCUGCCUCGACUACCUCUUGCUCUUCAUGCCCAACCCACAGUUUAAGAUGCGGAAAGUCCUGCAGGAGCAUCCGGACCACUGGACAGCUUUGCUGGGGGAAGACAAAUUCAACAGCCUGGUGGGGAACACACCUGCUUCUUUAUAUCUGCAAGCUAUGCAAACUAUUCUCCAGACUCUUCCCCCAUGCCACUUUCCUAAAAGCAUCCAGGAACUACCUAUACCUCAGGCACUAAAGCCCUUACCAUUCUAUGGCAAAAAGCUACCAACAAAAAAUGUGCAACAUUAGCAGGAAGGACAGGCCAGAUUCUGACCCAGUUACAGCUCUUUACUCCUGAAAUAAUGCUUUUUAAUUCAAUUCCAUCACUCCCAAUGUCUGUUGAUCUAAAGGAAAACAGAAACACUUUGUGCACAUGCAUCCUUCAAGACUCCAUAACUCUGACUUCAACAUAUAAAUAGACGUUAUGCUUAAACCCUGAAAAGAUUUUUCAUAUUUUUUGUACUUUGAAUGUAUACAGAUACAUAUUUUCCAUCUCUCAAAUACUGAUGGGCAUUCCCCUGUUCCCAGUUCCUCUGGCUUUUUCGGGAACAGCAUGAUCACUGAUUAAGACUGAAUGUUACUAUGCCCAAAUAUAAAUGAGUAUUCAUUGUAUGAUACAACUUUCUUAUAAAGCCAUACUUUUGCAAUUUUGGUUUUCUUUUUUAGGGAAAAGGAAAAACCUAUCAUAUAAUUGUGUAUGUGCAUUAUCCACUGCAUGUUUAAAGAUAAAAAAAUUGUAACCUGCUGGGAAUAAAAUAUAUAUACAUACCCUGAUAUAAUUGGGUAUAUUAGUUGUGAAAAUAAUUUAAUCUAAUUGUAUUACUGUAAUAAACUUGCAGUAUAAACUUGUGUUCUGGUUUGGUUUGGUGGGUUUUUUGGUAGCGGGGAAGGGAAGGGCCACAGGAGUGGCUCCACUAAGAAGAUAAGAGGCUCCCCCUGCUCCAAACCCAGCCAAGGAGCCAUUAGAGGCGUGAAAGAACUGAUAGAACACCUGUACAGAGGAGCACUUAAAGCAGAAGAGCUGUGCUGGGGACACAGAGCCAUGCUGGUGGUUGGUGAGGAAGAAGGGGAAGAAGGUGCCCUAGCAGAAGUUUCCCUGCAACCCAU